UGAAUGACUGUUUGCAGCUGUGAUUGGAUUCAGUGUUUACUUUGCUUUCAUUGCAGUCAUUGUCCACAAUAUAGACGCACUUCAAGCACUUCCAGUCACUUCCAACCCAUUAGCCAUAACUACCACUCAUUACCACCAUUUGGUCCAUCACUACGAGAGCUGAUAAUCGAUGGCUAAUCCCAACAAAUCCUUCAAACAAAGACGUUCUUUCGCUCAACGCAAACAAGACGUGGAAGAGAUCCGAAACCUUCACCCGAAUAAGAUCCCAGUAGUGAUCGAGCGCUUUCAUGGCGAGAAACAGUUACCACUUUUGGACAGAACUAAGUUCUUAGUUCCGGAUCACGUGUCCAUUGGAGAGCUCAUCAAAAUUAUCAGACGUCGCCUUCAAUUACAUCCAAAUCAGGCUUUCUUUCUGCUAAUAAACCAGAGAUCGAUAGCAGCCGUCUCUACCACUAUGGGAGAGAUCUAUGAGAGGGAAAGGGAUGAGGACGGCUUCCUGUAUGUGGUGUACGCCUCUCAGGAGGUGUUUGGUUGACACAAGUGUUUCACUCAUACGGAUUUAUGCGCUAAAAUUUGUGGUCAUAUAUACAGUAAAAUUCAAUUCAGUUAUUUCUUCAGCUAAUACUGUAUAUAAAGUUGUAUUUGUAUUAUAAAAAACACAAUUCAAUUCAUUGCAGAUUUCUCUCCAAUACUUAUCUAUAUUAUAGAUUCUAUAAUAUGAAAAAUUUAUUGAAUUUUUUCUUUUAUUAUUAUAUCGUAAAAUCAAAAUAAGGAUUUAAUCACAAAAAAAUUUAAGAUAAAGUCAGUCCUUUAUUGUUGGGUAAAGAAAUGCUUACAUAUUUAAAAAUAUAACCAUUUGUUAACAAUUUGUCAUAAAAUGUCAUAAGAAUUGUAUGUUUUUCUCCGUUUUUGUAAUAGAUUAUAGACUUUAAUCGAUUGAUUCGACUCUGGAAUCCAAUUAUAUGUAGAUUUCAUUGUUAUUCAAAGAAUUAUAAAUAAAUGUAAAAUAAUUUAAUUCCAAUAUAA